CCUACAGAGAAAGCACUGCAACGCUAAAUUACUUACAAAACAAUUUUCCUUUUUCAAGGGGGUGAAUCUCGUCUUUUAUCGUAUUUUGCGUUUGUUUACGACGAUAUUUCAGAGCUGUGGUCGAACCGCCUAGCUUCACUCCCUCUGCUUCUGAGGUCACGGGUUUUCAUUGGCUGCCUCAGCAACAACGUGACAGCUCAUUGGCUCACCGAGUACAAACAUUAACCACGUGAUACGGAAGUCAGUGCGUCAAUAAAAUACGUGAUGUGUCAAAAUUUGGAUAACAAAAAAAAAAAAAAAAAAAAAUCAGAUCGGUGUCAAAGUGUAACGUGUCAAAAGUCGACUACAUGUCCACAGUUACAAAGUGACAGGUUUAAUGCUACAUUUCAUGCUAUCUUCUAGCCCGUGAGGUUUAGCUGCUGCUGGUGCACAGACGUUAGCUGUUAGAUGUCGCAAUGAAUGUGGUAGUGACAGCUAGCUCGUAGCGUGUAGUUCAUCUCGUUUCUAGACUUCCGUACUGCCUAAUAAGUUCAGUGAGGCAGUGACAGAGCCUUCCAACAACGAAGUCGAAACGGUGGUGAUAACAGACCGACCUAUUCCACCCACCAGCCAACUAGCGAGCCUGGCCCUUUGUUUACCUGCUUCUCAGGUUAAGAGGUGAGCAGGGGGCAGGGCCACCCGCGCGGUAGGAGGGAUGCCUGUGGAGGGUGGCAGCAGCAGCGGCUCGGCUUCGGCUGCCCGUCACCCCAAGCAGAAGCGCAAGGCUCACAGUUUGUCUAUCCGGCGCACCAACAGCAUAGAGGACAGGCCUCCAGGCUUCCAAAGAGGAGACAUGCUGGAGGGACAGGACUCCAAGCUGCCCCCCUCCUUACGGAACAACCUUCUGGACCUUUUUGGGCAGAUUGAGCGCGAGUUUGAAAAUCUCUACAUUGAAAACGUUGAACUACGCCGGGAAAUUGACUCUCUGAACGAGCGUCUGACCGGAGAUGGACAGACUAUUGAGGGAGGAGACCCCACCAAGGGAGCUUUGAAAACAAAAGCCAGCCACAGCACCAGUCAACUGUCACAGAAGCUGAAGACGACCUACAAAGCCUCUACCAGCAAGCGCUUGUACACUUUCCAUGGUAAAAUAGGUGGACCUCGCAACUUCAGUGUGGCCACAUGGGAGUUGUGGGGAGGAGAUUCAUGGAUUGUGUCCAGUUUUAAAGCCACCGCAGGCUCUCGAGCGUUGUGUCAGUUGCUCAAGGAGUACGUGGGCCACCGGGACGGGAUCUGGGAUCUCAGCAUCACCCGAACUCAGCCAGUGGUCCUGGGCACCGCCUCCGCAGAUCACUCGGCUUUACUUUGGAGUAUAGAGACGGGGAAAUGUCUGCUGAGGUAUGCCGGCCAUGCAGGAUCAGUCAACUCCAUUAAGUUCCACCCCACAGAGCAGAUGGCCCUCACAGCCUCUGGGGACCAGACGGCUCACAUCUGGCGCUACAUGGUGCAGCUUCCUGCCCCCCAGCCACCACCAGAUGUCAGUGCUCCAUGUGACGACGACCAGGACUCGUCAGACAGGGAAGAAGGUGAGGUGGAUGGCGAGGGCCCUUGCGAGGUCCCCACCGUCCGGCUUGCUACGGCAACCCUGAAGAGCCACCAGGGUGUAGUGAUUGCAGCUGAUUGGCUGGUGGGAGGCCGACAGGUGGUGACCGCUUCCUGGGAUCGUGCUGCCAACCUGUACGAGGUGGAGACAUCUGAACUGGUUCAUGCACUCACUGGACACGACCAGGAGCUGACCCACUGCUGUACCCAUCCCACCCAGCGGCUGGUGGUCACUUCAUCCAGAGACACCACCUUCAGACUGUGGGACUUCAGAGACCCGUCCAUACACUCUGUCAACGUCUUUCAGGGCCACACUGACACGGUGACGUCGGCAGUGUUCACGGUGGGUGACAAUGUGGUGUCAGGGAGCGACGACCGCACCGUCAAGGUGUGGGAUCUGAAGAACAUGAGGUCGCCUAUAGCGACCAUCCGCACUGACUCAGCUGUGAACAGGAUAAGCGUCUCUGCCAACCAGAGGAUCAUUGCUCUGCCACACGACAAUCGACAAGUCCGACUGUUUGACAUGAGCGGAGUGAGGCUGGCCAGGCUCCCGCGCAGCAACAGAAUGGGUCACAGGCGGAUGGUGUGUUGUACGGCGUGGAAUGAAGAGAACCAGUCGUGCAACCUGUUCAGCUGUGGCUUCGACCGACAGGCCAUCGGCUGGAACAUCAACAUCCCCGCCCUGCUGCAGGAGAAGUGAUGCCACUGACCCACACACACACGCACUCACAACAAAAACACACGGAAAAGCAGGAGACGGUACACACAAACACUGUACAUCUUUGGCCUCGCACAUGCUUGCAUGUUUAAAGUGUUUACACAGAGAAGCACUUUAGUUGUUAUGGGGGGGAGUGACUUUUGAGGAUGCAGCUAUUGAUAACUCAAAAUUGAUAUGCCACUCAUUUGUUAAAUGACUGACAUGGUUCCAGCAUUUUAAAGUCCAAGUGUGUGUGAGGCCAAAGAGCUGCUCUCCUGUAUUUGACCCUCUCACAUAUUUAGCAUGCGUUGUGAAUCGUGAAACGCUGACUCUUUCGUUCUCAGUCUUUUCCUGUUUUUAAAGUGUAAAAGUAUAUACUUGACUCCACAGUCACAGGCUGCUGUUCACAUCACUGUUGUUUAGUUGCUGCUGAGUGGUUGCUCUUGCAUGUAGAUAAUCUCGGUUUGCAAAUGUUACUUGACUAGAUGUGAGAGAACCGUGAUAAGGCCAGGAGAGUUAGUAGAAUAUGAUAUGAAGACGGUAUGUGUAUAUAUUAUGUUGUGGCCGGAUUAAGUGACCUGUGUUGCAGGUUUGUUGCCACUUCAUGGAUUAAGUGUCUUACGGUGAUCUACCUUUUUAAAGGUGUGGUUUGGCAGAGAUAGUGAGGUUCUGUGAAAUGUUUUUAUCCUUUUAGUCCGACUUGAAAUAUUCUUAUCAUGGAACAAAACAUAUAAUGUUCAGGCCUGCCAGAUUACCUGCAGUUUGUAUUCAAAUGUUUCAGUAACUGCUGUCGUGUCACCGAUUUCAGAUUUGAGUCCAUGCCUUUACCUGUGUUGCUUUCAAUUCACAGCCAGCCUCCAUAUUUCCACAUUUUGUCUUCAAUUUUUCAAAUGUUUCUGUAACUCUGCCUUGUUCCAUGUUUACAGUAGGAUUUAUUGUGUAAAGUGUUGCUCUACUCUGUCUCUCUGUCAGACUGCAAAGUGUCAAGAGCAUAGCAAUAAAAACGACUGCAUUUCUGAGGUCUGUGAAUGGGAAGUGUGUCAUAACAUUAUCAUAAUUGAGUAUUCCCUUUAUGUUGCAGGUUUAGGAGUCACUACUUUUCGCCAUAUUAAGCAUUUGUAUUUCUUCAGUGUUAGUAAAAUAUAGAUCCAUCCUCUUCAGCCAACGAAGAGCCCUGUUUUGCUGUAAUGUGUCGUCCCCCAUGUGAACUUUUAGGUUUACUGGUCAUGUCUGUGCUUCAGUAACAGCCUGUCAAUAUGAAUUUAUAGUGUAUUUGCAUUGAACCCUUAGUCUUGUGUGACCUCUCUGACGUUUUGUUGUUGAUGUCGCGUGCACUCUAUCCAAAUUCAGAAGCAAUAACCCAGCUCCUUUGUGUGUCUGGUGCUCAGAGUGAAGCCCAUUUCUGUCUUGGAAAUCAGUGAAUAUGGCUUGUAAUCCAAACUGAAUCUCAGUUUAAGAACUAGUAGAACUGGAAUUGGGCUUGACCGAAAUCCUUUACUGUUACACUCGUGCAAUAUCCCUAAACAUGAAGUCGUGCUGUAGUUUUUGAUCUUCAGGCGUUUAACUUAUUCUAGUGCUGUAAACCCCAUGACAAGAUUUGAUGUGCUUGUGUGACUGGUGUAGAUGUAGCUCAGUGUACGUAGUUAUGCAUAACUUACCCCAAAGUUAGCUUCAGACUUCACAUUUUACUGCUGUUUCUACCAACAAUCGUCUUAGAUUUUGAGGCAGCAUGAAGGUGAAAAUGUAAUGACGUAUAUUGAAAUGCCUUUUGAAAAUGGUGUAUUAGCCUCAUCCACCUCAGCAUCAAUGCACUUUUCCAAAUGCUUGUUGAAUAACUAGUUGUGUUCCACUGCACUGGGCAGAUAGCAUUUUUAUUCCUGUUUCAGUUAGGGAACUCAAUCUCGCGGCCACUGAUGUCAAUGUCAUUUUAAUCUGCAGGUAGAAAGGCAAGUCCUAUUUUCGCCCCACAUAUGAAUUCCAAAUUGAAGGAAAAUUAUUUUGAACUGAUGCAUUAAAUUAUCGCGUGCCAGAUUGUAGGGGUGGGUAAAAAGUGGAUAGGCUUUGCCUCAUUGUAGCGAAUCGUAUUCCUCAAAGUUCGUUAUGUGGUCUACUUUGCAUACUUUAUUGUGAUAGCUACGUGCUCUCUGACACUUUCCAUUAAAAUGUGUGAUUUCCUUU